CCUCCUAUUGGCUGCCGCCCGUCGGCUGCGUGCGCUUCAGGUUAGGCUGCGCCUCCCCCUUUCCUUUUCUCUCGCUGGCCGCCGCCGCCGGUCCCCGGAGCUCCCGUCACCCGCCCCGGGCGUGCGUCCGUCCUUCCACCUCCCCGUGUGCAGAAAAGAUGGCGGCGGUGGUGAUGAGCGGCGGGGUGUCGGUGGUGGCCCGGCUGGAGGGCCGCGAGUUUGAGUACCUGAUGAAGAAGCGCUCGGUGACCAUAGGCCGCAACUCGUCGCAGGGCUCGGUGGACGUGAGCAUGGGCCACUCCAGCUUCAUCUCCCGCCGCCACCUGGAGAUCUUCACCGCCGGGGACGAGGAGAGCGGGGGGGAGUUCUACCUCCGCUGUCUGGGCAAGAACGGGGUCUUCGUGGACGGCGUGUUUCAGAGGAGGGGGGCACCGCCGCUCCAGCUCCCCCGAGUAUGCACCUUCAGGUUUCCCAGCACAAACAUCAAGAUUACGUUUACUGCUCUCUCAUGUGACAAGAAGGAAAAGCAGGAGGCCUCCGAGUCCCCCAUCAAACCAGUGCAGCCUCAGAUCUCCCCCCUCACAAUAAACAUUCCAGAGAACAUAGCUCAUCUGAUCAGCCCACUGCCUUCUCCAACCGGUACUAUAAGUGCUGCAAACUCCUGCCCUUCUAGCCCACGUGGCGCCGGCUCAUCUGGGUAUAAGAUGGGCCGCGUCAUCGCUGCAGACCUACACUUAAUGGCUGAUAAUUCCCAGUUGGAGAAUGACAAGGAGGCUUCUGGUGGAGACAGCCCCAAGGAUGACUCCAAGCCCCCAUACUCCUAUGCACAACUUAUAGUCCAAGCGAUUACAAUGGCCCCUGACAAGCAGCUCACGUUAAAUGGAAUCUAUACGCACAUAACAAAAAACUACCCGUACUACAGGACAGCAGAUAAAGGCUGGCAGAACUCUAUCCGACACAAUCUCUCUCUCAACCGAUAUUUCAUCAAAGUCCCACGUUCCCAAGAAGAGCCUGGCAAAGGUUCCUUUUGGAGGAUAGACCCCGCCUCAGAAAGCAAACUUAUAGAGCAAGCUUUUAGGAAACGAAGGCCCCGGGGUGUGCCAUGUUUCAGGACCCCCUUAGGACCCCUUUCUUCAAGGAGUGCACCAGCGUCUCCAAACCACUCUGGUGUAUUGUCCGCACACUCGAGUGGUGUCCAGACCCCAGAGAGCCUGUCCCGGGAAGGCUCCCCUGUCCCUAUGGAUCCCGAACCUAGCACCAUCCAGCCAAAGCUUGCAGUGAUCCAGGAAGCACGGUUUGCACAGAGUGCUCCAGGAUCCCCCCUAUCCAGCCAGCCGGUCCUCAUCACUGUGCAACGGCAGCUCCCACAGACUAUAAAACCGGUUACAUACACAGUGGCCACCCCUGUCACCACCUCCACAUCACAGCAGACGGUCAUGCAGACAGUGCACGUGGUCCAUCAGAUCCCAGCAGUAUCCGUCACAAAUGUAUCGGGCCUAACUCCCGUCAAUACCUACACAGUCGCUGGGCAGGCAAUGGUGGCACAAGCUGCUAUGGUAGCCCAACCUAAGCUAGAGCCUCAGGAGAAUGGAGACCACAAGGAAAUGAAAGUGAAAGUAGAAGCAAUUCCUGCAAUAAGUCACCAAGCACUCACAACAGCAAGUCGGAUUAUCCAGACCUCCUCGUCUGCUCCCCUCCAGACAGUUACUAUAGUCCAGCAGGCUCCUCUAGGUCAACACCAGCUCCCUAUUAAAGCAGUAACACAGAAUGGAACACACGUUGUGCCCAUCACCACGGCCAUCCAAGGACAGGUCACCACAGCAAACUCCAGCUACUCCCUGAUUGAGAGCCCCUGGCAGUGGAGAGGAAAUGGAACCAGAGCAGAACGCCGGGGGUUCGAUAUGCGGGACCCAAGCCGCUCGGGAGACCUCCAGUUGUCUCUAAUGGUUUAUUCACCUGCCGAGGCAAUCAAGCUCAACACAAGUGUCAGCACUGGGGACGUACAAAACGCCACCCACAGCAGAGCCGCAGCCAGCCCCCUACAUAUGCUGGCUACACAUGCCUCUGCAUCCGCCUCCCUUCCCACCAAGCGGCAGAACGGAGACCAGAGUGACCAGCCGGACCUCAAAAGAAGCAAAACAGAAGAGCGAGAGGGUCUAGUGAUAGCUGUGAAUGAAAACGCCCAAACAGAGGGAACCGCAGCGUCAAAUGAACAAGACAACCAAAAAUAGGAACCACGCACCAUUUCUUUUUCUUUUCUUCGUUCUUUCCCGGUUUCCGGAAGUUACAUACCUUUAGGAAACACAGCUUCAAAGGUGCCAAAAGCAAACACUGUCUCAUCUUACAAAAGGGGGGGCCCUGUGAAAAAGACAAAUGACUUUCUAGAACAGCACUGAAUUAACACAGGUGGCCUUAGAAAUCCACAUUUAACAAAUCUCAAAACAAGUAUACAAAUAAAGCAUUUUUUUUUUUUUACUUAUUUUUUUUUAACCUGGUCAUCAUACAGUUGUCGCUUUUCCUGCUGCUUUAGUACAUACAAAGAUGUACGGACAUGUGCAGAAGUUGAUGACUUUUAAAGAGAAUCAGUAGACACUUUCUGUCCUUUUUUUUUUUUUUUAUGAACUGAGCACAUAAUUGCUGCAAGCAUGGUGAGUGCUUGGUGUGGACUGGGUUAGAAGUAAUUGUAUUUUCCUUUAAAGGGUAACUAUUGGCAGCUAGCUCCACCUCUACCCUUUCAGAGUUUCAAAAGACCUGUGUCGGCUGUGAAAGGGUUGUCCUACCUACCUAGUAAAUUUUGUUUUACUAUACACAUCCGGAUGUAACCUUUUACUGCUCCGGUAGAAAUGCAGAUGGGUCAUACAUUUCAGAAUUUCCAGUUACUUCAAUAUUCUCAUUUUUAUUCAAAAAAAGUUCUGUGUGAGGUUGUCAUAAUUUUUUUUUUUUUUUUAAUAACUGAAUGUAGAUUUUUUUUUUUUUUUCCUCACCUAUCCCUUUGUUUGGCAUUUUAUAUCUGUCCAGGUAAAAACUGUGUUACACUCUUGUUUUUCUCCGUAUAUUUUAGCCUGAUACUUUGAACGAAGAUUUAUGGGUUGUUUUUUUUUCUUUCCGACCAUGUGUGGUGAUCAAAUGCUUCUUUUGAGCAUUGCAUGUAACAGACUUUUGGGAAGAAGAAAAGAAAAAGAAAAAAAAUAAUUGUAAGAGACAUUUAACAAAUUGUAAAGAAACUGCUAUCAAUUAUGAUCAGAGCUGCACUUAACUCCUCCUCUCCUUCUUUUCUCUGUGGCCCUGGCCUAAUUUACCCAUUUGCCACCCUCCUCCCUUCCCCUUUUACUUCUAAGGUAAAACAAAACAAAAAAAUAAGAAAAAAAAAAUCUUGCUUAAUAUUGUGUAUGUUUAAAUGGCAACGGCUGCUGUUAAAGUCCCCCUUAGAAAAGAAAGAAAUUUCAAACACCAAGAAAGAAACAAACAAAAAAAUAAUAAUAAAAAAAAUAGUAAAGAAAAUGUGUCCAGGGUAAGUGUCCAUAAAUAAACUGUACGAUGCAGUUUAAGCAUUGGAGCUGUGACUCCAUUUCCACCAGCUUCUGUUUGGUUUCCGUUGUGUUUCUGGCUAUUCUCACUGUGCUCCUACGAGACGUACCUGUUACCCACCUCAUUCAUACAGGGACUGGUCUCAUCAACCAUGCUGCUUUAAAAGAAAAGGGGGGGAAAAAAGAGGAUACUGAAACUUCCAUGUGGCUGCUGCAGCAGACUCGUCUUCAUUCUCAGUAUCCUGGUUAUGUAUGUGUUUUUCUAAUAACAAUGCCUGGCCCUCUAUGAAAACAGAGUUUAGAUGAUGGAUAAGGAGGAUUUUAUUUAUAUAUAAUUUUUUUUUUUUUUUUUUUACUGGCAUCAAAAUAUUUAUAAUCUUGACAGUUUAUAAAUCUAGGAGUAUGAUAUUUCACAUGAAACUUAUUUUUUCAGACCGUUGUUGGCAAGUAUUUUGUGUUUGGCUGGGUAUGCUUUUCCUUAGGGCAGCUUUGUAGUUUACAGAAUGUGGCACAUACACACAUGGUGCUGGAUGGAAUUACAGAGAAGUUGCUUUUCUACGGCUGUAAACCUCAGCGGAAAUUCUGGAGAAAUCCGCCCCUCUCAAACCAUGGAAUGUUAUACAUCGCUUAACUUUCUUUACUAGAUUGAACAACAGAUGGUCCCCUAGUUGACCUCAACUUGGUACUUCCACAGAGAACACUGCGUUACCACAGUAGCGCACACUGCGGCCUCAUUGAGGAGUUGUUUACGUAGGAUUCUGCAAUUGGAUUUAAAAGCUGAUGUAAGCUUUUGAAUGUGUGUAUUUUAAAAUAUUGUGACUUGUGCAAAUACUACCUCCUGUGUUAGUAUCUGUUUAUAACCAGCCGUUUGAUUAGGGAAAAUUAUACUUCAUGCUAAAUUUCAUACUCCCAGCUAACUGCGUCCCAAGAAUAUAAAUGAUUUUAGUGAUUAUCUGCAUUUGUAUUUCUUUAGCAUUAGAUUGCUUCUGUGAAGUCCAUGGAUCAGGCACAUUCAGGGUUGUCUUGACAGCAAAUACUAGGUUCUCUUAGGUUCCCAAGAUCAUUAAUACCUUCCCAUAAAGAUUGUUGGUGGUUUUGGAAGGGUCUGCUCUGUGGGAAGAAACCAGCCUGAAAGCUUCUAGAAACUGAACUCGAAACGUUUUGCCCAAACCAAAAGUGUAAGAAGUUUAUAGAUUAUUUGUACACCAGGCUUGGAAUAUAGAAAACAAUGGUUUCCUGCCUUUAGAAUCAAUUUAUGCUAUGUUUUAUUGGUUCAGGAGGUGCUAUAGCUGUUUUAUUUAUUUUUAUAUACAUGUGUGUUGGCUUUUUCAAUUGCUACAGUAUACAAAGCCAUACAUACCGUAUUUGCCGGCGUAUAAGACAACUUUUUUCACAUGCAAAACAUGCCUCCAAGUGGGGGGGGUCUUCUUAUACGCCGCAAUGCCUCCCGAUGCACUGCGGCCGCGGCGGGUCAUCAGCGUGGCUGCGGCGAGCAUCAGCAGCGAUACAGGGGUGCCAGCCUUUUCGGCGUGACCGGCCCGUUCUGCUCGGGAAGCAGCGGUGUUCCGGCCCGCCCCUUACACAUGUGGUCAUAAUAUACAGUGAGACAGGGAGGGCAGACAGGGAGCAGGGACCAAUCCAAUCAGGCUUUGUAUACAGCCAACCACAGUACUGCACCAUUGUACAGUACAAUACAGCAUAGAAAAUGUCCAGCAGUCAAACCCCUAUCAACCCUAUCAUGGCAACAGCAAAAAGAAAGAAAUAUGAUGCAAGUUUUAAACUUAAAGUUGUAAACUUUGCCAUGGAACAUAAUAAUUGUGCUGCUGCAAGACAAUAUGGAGUAACAGAAAAGAUGGUUCGGGACUGGAAAUCAAAUGAAAAAGCAUUAAAGAGUAUGCCAAGGGGUAAGUGUGCAUUAAGAAGAGGCACCCCACAGUCUUAUACGGCAAGUAUAUAACAAACUCUAUAUUUUGAGUGGAAAUGUUGGGCUUCGUCUUAUACGCCGGCAAAUACGGUACGCACACACACGCACGUACGUACGUACGUACGUACGUACGUACGUGUGUCUAGGGCUACAGUAUACGACACAAGUGUCUGGCAGUUGCUUGCAGGAUAUUAUCACUUGCCAUUGACUACUUGGCAGCAGCCUGAUUCAUAGGGGGUGAUGUGCAACAUUUAUUUGCUGAGCUGUGUAAACCUCAUGCAACAUGGUUUCAAAGGGUUAAAAGUGUCUAUUGGCUGUAAUAGACACAAAGUGCCUACACAAUUAUGCAAAAAGGAAAAAACAGGAUUGUGAUUUAGGGCAGGAAUGGGGCUUUGCUCUAAUGAGACUUCAGCAAGAUUUCUCAUGUAGCUUAAUGUUGUCUAAGUGAUUCAUAUUGUGAUAUUUUAUGGCCGAGCCUAAACAUAAACUAAAAGUACAACAUGGAGAAA